UUACUCGCAGUGUGAGUGAGCGCUGAUGAAGAACAGGCGCGGGGUGUUUGGCUGAAACUCUGCAGGGCUAAAAGCUGUUAGUUUAGUUUAUUAAGUAAUUCUAAACAGAAGGAGAAAAUACUAACUGUAUUCACCAGUGUGAUUUUUACAUAAUACAGAUGCAGAUCUUUUGCUGCCUCUUGUUUUAGUGAAGGUUACAGGCUUGACCUGUUGGAAUGAAUGCACCAUGGCCAGUGAUCAAGGUGGCAGUGAAGAUGAACCUCCAUCACUGUUAUGGGGACAGGACCCUGUGUUUUCAGCCUAUGCCAGGCUCUAUGUUAAAGACAUUCUACAAAUGAAAGAGUCUCUACAAGUUCCAGGAAUCUACUUUUAUAAAAAUCACCCUCUGUUCCAAGUGGAAGUGCUGGGCACUGUGGUAUACAGGCGGGAGAGAGAGGACUUUUACUGCUAUGGAGUGGAUGACAGUACUGGAGUCAUCAACUGCCUGUGCUGGAAAGAUGAGAAAUGGAGGGACGAUGGAGACUCGGUAAAGCGAGGAGGCUCUGGUGGAGUGUUUAAUGUGGAGGAGCAGUUGAGGAAACUCAGAGAGACUCAGAGGAGCAGCUGUAUGCUGGAAAUAGGAGACUUGCUCAGAGUGCGUGGCUCCCUCAAAACCUCCCGGGAGCAGAGGGAGAUCAUGGCCUCCUCCUUUUAUAAAGUGAGUGAUCCGGUGAUGGAUGUGCAGAUUGCCCGGAUGCUGGAGAUACCUCAGCUCUACAGGGACUGCUACGACAAGCCCUUCCAGGCACUGGGCAGUGAGGUUGAAGCAAGCACCACUGAUGCUGGUGGGCACCCAAAUUUCCAGUCCUUGCUCGGUCAGUCAGUUCGCAUCCUGAAGAAAUUCCUGAAAGAGAAGGAAGUGGCCAAGUUUCGACCGUACGACGUUGAAUAUCUCUUACACCCACUGAUCCAGUGGCCACCCCGGAACACAGCAUCAGGGCAGGAGGUGACUUCUGCUGGACCAUCGUUUUCCACACAGGUCAAGAACCUUCUCAAAGAAACACUGAAGAUUCUGCAGAGUGAGGGGGAGAUAUUUCGCAAAGUCCUCUCCCCAGACGAGCUUUACAAUGUGACUGAACAAGACAAAGACCUGUUGGCGGCAAUACGAGAUAUGAUAAGAGAAGAUUCCAAAAGAGAGAAAUAUGCUGAGAAGGGUUGCCAUGUCCUGCACAUAUUGUCCAGCGUCAGGCAGAAAUACAGUCGCAAUCUCAGCAGAGAAGCCUUGGAGGUCGCCCUCAAGUUUUUAGAAUGUAACAGUGAUAUUAUCAGUACCAUGGACUCCCAUUAUACAGUUCUGUAGCGAUGGAGCUGGAAACGCAUGUGCCUGUGGACACUCAAGACAACUUUUGGCUGCUUUUUGGAGCCAGUUUUCAGGUUUCUCAGAGCAGAUGGGUAGAAGUUUAAGCAUUUUCAUUGUUGACAGACAAUGGACAGAUUUCUGCUUUGCGGUUUUUACCUAGACACUGACUGUGCUAUCUUCUUUCUUUCUGUUUUCAAAUGGCAUCUGUUGGUUUACUGUGAUCUUACUUCCAUAGUUGUCCCAAAUGGGGCUUGAUGAAAAUUUUACAGUUACGUCUCAUUUGUGCUUUUUAAAAACGUGCCUUCUGUUUUGCCUUUUGUUUAUUGAUUCAGUCUGUUUUUCUGAAGUUAAUCAAGGCCUAGACUAUGUUGUACAUAGUCAUUGCAUUGUUUAUAAUUUUGUAACAAAAAGAGUCGAACAUUUUUUCAAUGUUGAGAAAUUAAGAGACCAUUGAAUGUAAUUUCAUUAAGACUUCAUUUGUGACCCUACAAACCCCAACACACACUUAACCUCUCUGGCUUUUUUUUUAUUUUACAUGUUUUCUUAACCCUUAUAGACCCUGUCUCCAUUACAAAGGACAUAAUGUACUUCUUUUUUUAUGUUUUUCAUGAAUUAUCCAAAUAAAAAAGUUUUCAAGCCAUUAAAA